CCACCGCAGCCCCUGCCAAGCACAGCCCGCCCCACCCCGACCCACCUUACUGAGGAGAAAGUGCAGCCCCAGAGCUCUCAUCACCAGUGAUGGAGUCAGCGUCUUCCCGAUAAAUAAAGUUUAAUUCUGUUUCACUUUGUCAAACCUCGGUUCUCCAAGGUCUCCCAUCUCAAACAGUUCGGGUUCGACCAAGUUGUUCACGGAAAAAUGUCUCAGGUGUUGAACAAAACUUCAGUUCUCGACUCAACAGCCCUUUCAUGCUGAUCCCUGUAUGAUCAGUCAUGCAUGUCUCAGGUGACAAAGGAGAGAAUGAGCAAGUAUGAGUCAGUUUACCGCUAAACUUCAUGCUGUUAACAUCUCGGGAAAUUGUGCUCUGAAUGUUUUUGUGUUUUGCCUUUUUGCUGCUUAUUAUUAAAUACGUAAGUAAGUUAUCAUGGGUCCUAAGAAAGUUAGUGAUACCAAAGUGAAAAGGAAAGUUGUGAGAACAACGAUAGAGCUUAAAAAAGAAAUAAUUGCAAAUUAUGAUAAAGGUGUUCGUGUGUCUGAUCUGGCUACCAAGUAUGGCAUGGCAAAAUCGACAAUUAGCACAAUUUUAAAACAUAAAGAGGCCAUCAAGAAAGCUGAUGUUGCUAAGGGUGUAACAGUGCUCACAAAACAACGAUCACAGGCCAUUGAAGAGGUAGAAAAAUUGUUGUUGAUUUGGAUAAAUGAAAAACAGUUAGCCGGUGAUAGCAUUUCAGAGGCAAUGAUAUGUGAAAAAGCAAAGAUGCUGCAUACUGACCUCCUGAAAGACAGCCCUGAAAUGAGUGCUCAAAAUGGUUCGUUUAAGGCUAGUAGGGGGUGGUUCGAUAAAUUUAAGAAAAGAAGUGGUAUUCAUGUAGUGAGGCAUGGGGAGUCUCACAGUACUAACAAAGUAGCUGCUGAUAAUUUUGUGACAGAAUUUCAAGAAUUCAUCGAGGCUGAGGGAUUUGUUCCCCAACAAGUGUUCAAUUGUGAUGAGACAGGGCUCUUCUGGAAGAAAAUGCCAAAGAGGACCUACAUCACACAGGAGGAGAAGUCAUUGCCAGGACACAAGCCAGUGAAGGACCGGCUGACGUUACUAUUGUGUGGCAAUGCGAGUGGGGACUUCAAACUGAAGCCUCUUCUCGUCUACCAUUCUGAAAACGUACGAGUUUUCGGGAAAAAUAAUGUCAUGAAAAACAAGUGGAAUGUGAUGUGGAGGGCUAACAGCAAAGCUUGGGUGACCAGGCAGUUUUUUAUUGAGUGGAUUCAUGAAGUGUUUGCCCCAAGUGUGAAGAAAUACCUCUGGGAAAAACAGUUGCCACUCAGAGCACUUCUUGUCAUGGACAAGGCUCCUGCCCACCCUCCAGCCUUGGAGGCCGAGCUGAUGGAGGAGCACAGCUUCAUCACUGUGAGGUUCUUGCCACCUAACAUAACUCCGCUCAUCCAGCCCAUGGACCAGCAGGUCAUUUCUAACUUUAAGAAACUCUACACCAAAGCACUGUUCCAGAGGUGUUUUGAGGUGACCUCUGAAACUAAUUUAACCCUCCGGGAGUUCUGGAAGGAACAUUUUAAUAUCCUCACUUGCUUGAGGCUCAUAGAUGAAGCAUGGGGGGGAGUGUGUUCCAGGACCCUGCAGUCGGCCUGGAAGAAACUGUGGCCCGAGUCUGUUGCUGACAGAGCCUGUGAGGGCUGUGAGGACAAACCUGUGUCUGUUGUGGAGGACAUUGUGUCUCUGGGCAAGUCCAUGGGCUUGGAGGUGGAUGAUGAUGAUGUGGAGGAGUUGGUGGAGGACCACAACACUGAGCUGACCACUGAGGAGCUCCAAGACCUUCAGAGGGAGCAGCAACAGCCGGCAGCUGAGGAGCGCUCUUCAGAGGAGGGAAGGGAGGAUAUUCCUACUUCACUUAUCAAGGGAAUGCUUGGGAAAUGGGGAGAAAUGCAAAGUUUCAUUGAGAAAUAUCACCCUGACAAAGAAGUAGCACACCGAGCAAUAAACUUGUUCAAUGACAAUGCAGUGCUUCACUUCAGGCAAAUGUUAAAACGCAGGCAAAAACAAUCAUUGGGUAGGUUUUUAGUGAGACAGAGGCCCAGUGAACCUGAAGCAAGUUCUAGUGGAGCAAAGAGACGAAAGAGAAAGAACCCCAGAAGAAUAGCUCCCUGAUGUGUUUACGGAAGGGAACUCCUUCCAAACAAGAACACCCUCCUCCAUAUUCAGUCAUCAGUAGCUCUCAGCAUUCAAGCAAGCCCUACCACUGCUGCUCAUGGGGCACCAGUAACUCAUCUUGGCUGGUCUGUUACAGGAAUACAUUUAAUUCUGAGAGAGUCUUGAAGAUGUGAUUGAACUUUCCAGAGCCUGAUGACCCUCAGAUACCUGAUGCCUUGCAGGGCUGAAAGCUCAGACAGCAGCCAGUGACCCCAUCAAGGUUCAGGCAUAUGCUUUGUAAAGACCUGCAUUUCUUUUAUUUUUACAGUUUUGCCAAUUUUAUUAAACCAAUAAAAUUCCUACUAAUAAAAAUGAAAUAAA